CGUAAAUUAAUAUCGCCUACUAGAAAUACUUAGCUGUAAGGUUAUAAGUAGGUUUGGCUCUAUCAAGAGAACCUUCUGCUGGCUCAUCUGUUUGUGAGAUAGUCCACUGCCAUGAUGUUGUUGGACCUGGUGGUUGAGCACAUGUGCGGCGGCAUGCUCUACAGCGCGUUCUGAACGAUAAUUGCUGAUCCAGCUGACGCCAGAUUACAGAUUACUGAUGUGCACGCUAUUCGCCAGCAUCAUUCAUAAACCAAUAAUUUAAAUUGUCCGAUAAAUAAUUGUACACAUACUGUAUGCUGUACGCAGUGAUUCAUUGUCGGACAAUAUCUCGUUAAAGAACUGGGAAGAAGAUUGCAACAACACACCGGAGAACUACGUUCGCAUGAAUUUCUACGAGAGCGCUUGUCUAUAGAAAUUCAACGGGGAAAUGUCAAAUGUGGCGUCAGUGUGUAACGGGGGAUUCCUGUCUCAUGUAUUAGUAUGUACGAGUAUGUGCUUGGUUGUCCCGCCUCUUGUAUUUCCUGUUCCUGUACGAGCGGUUUAGUAUAUAUACGAUGUAUUUCCUGCGGUUUCUUCAGUCGUUGGGUUAGCAAUAUUUCGAGCAGUAUCAGCCGGUUCCGUUGCCCGUUAUACUUGGAGUCGCAUACCGAGAACGAAAAUUUUUUUCAAGUCGAUAGUUUCAGUGCCCUUUAACUUUUACCACCGCUACCCCUCCGCCUCCCUGUUGAACAGUGCCCUUUAGCCUUUACCACCGCUACCCCUCCGCCUCCCUGUUUCAACAGGUAAGUCCUUAUGUAUCACGUCCAAUUUUUUGCCCAAAAAGAACAAUCUUAACUGUUACCGAUCCUAAUACUAUUUUCGAAUUCGGUAUUAACGCGCCAUUUUUCAAGAAAAUUUAAUUAACGAUCGUAUAGUCAACUUUCCGCAGUUGGCAGGCUGUUUGCAAUAAUUAAUAAGUACUAAUUACCAGCAAGUCAAUAUCAUGGCUAUAGACCCGCAAGCACUGCAGAAUAUGCUUAACACCGUUAAUGCCGCUUCCGCUCAGCAGAAUGCAGCUUUACAGCAAAGCCUACAGAAUAACGCUACUGCACAUCAGAAUUUAUUGAAUUUUUUGAAUAACCAGAAUGCCGCUGCAGUUACCCGUAUAACAUCUCUCGAAUUGGGUGAUUUGCCGAAAUUUGGUGGUUUUUCUUACGAAGACGCCCAGGACUUUUUAACACAGUUUGAGACGAUGGCAGUUGCUAAUAAUUUUACACCAGCUAACAGAAUUCAACAUUUUGCGGUCUGUUUGAGGAACAACGCUCUUCGCUGGUAUACCGCAGAACCAGCAGGUAUCACAUGGCCAGACCUUCGAUCCCAUUUUUUAACAGCUUUUGGAAAAACCCAUUUUGAACUCGAUCUCAUGAAUGAAGGUUGCCGUACACUAGCAUUUACAGAUCCUCGUACUUUUGUCCAUCGUGUCCUUGAUUACGUGGAAGCCACUAAUCCCGCAGCUACCGAAGCAGAAAAAACAGUUCGUCUCUUCGAAGCCUUGGCCCUUGAAUUUAAACCGGCAUUCGUGACUAACAGCCCCAGAACCGUAGCCGAUUUUUUCAAUCGUUUACGUGAUGUGUCCGUUAAGCAACAAUACAAGCUCGCGAUGCAGAAUCAAAAUUCGUCAUACCAGGCGUCCAAUAAUGUUACAGAUCAGUCAAAUCUCUCGUCGCUAUACAGCCAACCGACAGCGCCUAGCUCUAAUCAGAUAGAGAUUGUCGCUCAUAACCUGAUGAAAGGUUUGGAUGAAAGACUAAAGCAUCUUGCUGAACAAAUAAAGUGUUUACAGGAGAAUAACGAAUCACAGGGCAGUUACGAUCUUUCUCAGAAUUACUUAACGGGUAAUGCGAACCAGUCAACCCUUCGACUCACAGAUGCGCCAAGCCAAGACAAUGGAUGCUUUAAUUGCGGUAACUAUGAUCAUCUUUCGUAUGCUUGCCCGUUUGGAGCUGGCCACUCUACGCAGGCACAGUAUGCACAGGCAGAACAAGAUUCUGAAGAUCGUUAUCCGAUGUCAUUCGGUGCAGCACAGCAUCCACCAACAACGCAGCAACUGACUUUUAACACACCCGGUAAAUUACCAUCUCAGGCGCAGCAGUUUAGGUCUGCAAAAUCUCAGGUCACCGGUAGUGCACAACCGGCGUAUUCGAGAUGGCAGAUUUAACUUUUCUGGUCUAAUUGUCGUUCGUACGUGAAAAUUUGUUUCGGUUUUGUAAACUAAAGUGCUCUUUGAAAAUUUUGUUAAUAUUAUAUUAUUGUACUGAGUUAUUAAUGAUGCCUGCCCGUUGAUUUUGAAGGCUGCAGCAGUAUUUAUUGUUAUUGAGAAAAGGGCAGAUAAGUGAGAAAAUUUUUGAGGUUGACAGCGCUGAUUCGCUGAAUAUUUGUUUGAUGAUGGCCAGAUGUGAAAAGCCUCGCGAUGGUAACGGUAAUGGUUUAUCUCAAUGUAAUGUGCAGAAAUGAAUUUUGGGAUAUAUUUAAAUUGUUAUUGCAUAUGCGCAGCACCGCUUAAAUCUUAUCUAUCAUUAAUUUUCCGCCGCUGGUUCGGCUAAUGACUUAAAACGCCAGAUGUUGUCGUCUCCUUUUGGGCAGCCAGAGAUCGUUAAUGUCAACUUAAAUUAUAAAAUUUUCAAUAAAAUCACUAAAACCAGAUGUACCAUCAUUUAAAGUUAAGAAUAAAUUCCAACUUAUCGCAUUCCACGAAAAUAAGAUCCUAAAUCUAAAUGUCAGCGUUCACAACACAUGACGGCAUGCUUGGCACAAAAACAUGAACUAUUAUUCGAAAUUCCCAUUAACUGGUGCGGUUAUGUGGUAGUACUGCAAUAUGCGCAUUGAUUUUGGUAACAGACAAUUAUGAAUGUUUGCUUCGACUGCAAAGAGAAAAAUUGAUUGGUUCAGUUUUAAGGUUGUGCAAAGUUUAUGGUAACAGUAAUGCGCGCAUUAAUUUGAAUAAUAAUUCCGCCGAACAGAAGACGCAGCUUGAUCACCACUGUGUACCACGGCAGCUCAAGUAAGUAUUUGUGUUAAACCGAAUUACGCUAAUUACGCAAAAUGAAAUUAAAGUAGAUCUACGAAAUUAAGAAGAUCACUGAAAAUUUAUGGAAAAGGGCUUUUGCACGAGCAAAUCUAUUUAUAUUCGCUCAUAUACGGGUGCGUGCUAUAAACGCCCAUCCUUGUUUUGUUGCGUCGUAAUCUAUUUUUUCGAUCAUAUAGACGGGCCACGGCUAUAAACGCCUGCCCUUGUCCGUGCCCUCUGUUUCUAUUGUAAUUGUGUUGUCAUCCAGGUGCGCCUAUAAACGGUCCCUGUUGGUCUGAUUACAGUAAUAAAGCCCUCGAGAUCCUAAUAAUUAAAUGCGUAACAUGUCAGCAAGUCGUGUGACUCGAAAAACAAACGAUCGCAUCAUUCAGAACAGUAAACAGCUGUUGGGAUUUUGAUUACGCAACCGAGCUCGCCUAUUGGUAGUCUACCAUCAUCACUGCUGCACAGUGCUUCUGACGGUAAGUAUUUUGUUUAUAUUAAAACGCGAAAUUUGUUUUUAAAAAAAAAUUGUAUAUUUCGUGCGCAUAUCGCGGUAUUGGAAAGAUGGGCGUCCCUUCCAUAGUUCGGGCAUAAAAAAGUAUUUGUUCUGAAGUUAUGCAUUGUCAGAUGUUGUUUUGCUGAUAUUGGUUUGGACUUAACUCUGGUUAGCGAAUAAUUUUUUUGUAAAGCAGCAGAUUACGACAGUACAUUUCUCGACGUGAUUUAAUCUUUUGUACUUGUUUCGUUAAUUUAUAUGUCAUAGUGUAAAGGCGUAAGUACAUCUUUUCAAUAAUUCAAGAACAGAAUCUUAACAGAUAGUACUGCCACUUCCGUAAUAUUAACAGUAUGCAUCUUUUGUUAUUUCUUGCCACUCUUUUGUUAUUUCUUAUUAUAAUUUUAUUAGCAGCCAAACAUGUGUCACAUCUUGUCACCUAUUUUCCUUUUUUUAAUCUUGGUUUUGCCAGUCGAUUAUCUUUUUUAGCCGGUCGUACUAUUCUCAGCAAUUCUGUAUAGCCAGAACAGGGAAGAUCAUUGCAUUCGCUGGAUAUUCAUUUUCCAUUUGGCCCGAUGAAGCACCUCUCGAUUUUAUUAGGAAAGUAACUUUGGCCCGAUUCUCUCCCCGCUCUAUCUUUUCUCUUGUUCACGCCUCACCAGUUCUGAGGUAUUCAUACCUUCCCGUCGCAUCAUUUCAUGCAAACAGAGAGCACAGGUUCUCUCUUGCCCCUAUCAUCCUGUCUCCACUGCUGAUCCUCAUAACUCUGUCUUGCCACUCAUCACUCAAAUUCACCCCAUUGUAAUGCACUCGCUUUACGCAGUAUUGCUCUAGUGCCUUUGUCUCUCCCCAUCUUAUCCGCAUUGUCUUCUUAUCUCGCUCCAUUCAUUCUCCCUUCAUGCGUCAUUGUCGCAAUAUUACGCCAUACAAUGUUAUAUACUUCAUUGACCGAAAGAUUUUCGCAAGGUUUAUUUUGAAGGUGGCGUUUCUGGAAUAAUUUUGAUUUGUAUUUGCGGCAAUUUUCAACAACUGAAUCGUUAAAUUAAAUUAGCGCGUUAAUUGAAAAUUACAAAACAUUUGUAAAUAUAAGUAGGGUUGCGUCAAUGUGUGUUCGAGUUUUUCAGAACCAGAAGUUUGUAAUGAUUUUCUACUGGUGUACUCACGUCGUGGACAUCGAUUUUACACUUCCUUUCCCAAGACCAAUACGAAACCGGAUGUCGCAAAUCUAUGUGGAUAACGUGGUCAAUCUUCAGCGUUGGACGGACUGACUUUACCGGACGGAUGCAACAACUUAUGUCGUACGUGGAACCGGACGGAUACAGCAACUAUCGUCUCACGUGGAACGCUACGGAUCAUAUUUGCCCUAUUUACCUAUUAUUUUAAUACUAAUGUUUUCGAACUAAAUCUACGUUUUGUACUCCCAAAAAAAAAUCUGAUAGUGAUUUCUCUAAUGUUUUUGCACGCUUUGCAUUUCUUUUGUAUAUGUUUUUGAUUGGUUUUCCCUGAAAACAUUCUGUUUUCAGUUUGGUAAGAGGGGAGUGUAACGGGGGAUUCCUGUCUCAUGUAUUAGUAUGUACGAGUAUGUGCUUGGUUGUCCCGCCUCUUGUAUUUCCUGUUCCUGUACGAGCGGUUUAGUAUAUAUACGAUGUAUUUCCUGCGGUUUCUUCAGUCGUUGGGUUAGCAAUAUUUCGAGCAGUAUCA